AUAAGAUAAUAUUACUUACCUUAUUACAUUGAAGUAAUCAAAUCAAUCCCCACAGGGUAUCUAUCGGAAACAAGUUAGCGUCGCAUUGAACUCUUCUUCUGAUCUUCGGUCGCCACAAGCAGAAAGCAAUGGCAUGGAGAGGAAAUCUUUCAAAGAACAUAAAAGAGCUUCGGUUUUUGAUGUGCCAGUCAUCUCCUGCAAGCUCAUCUGCAAGGGCAUUUGUUGAAAAGAAUUAUAAGGAACUAAAGACAUUGAACCCAAAGUUGCCAAUAUUGAUCCGUGAAUGCAGUGGAGUUGAACCCCAAUUAUGGGCAAGAUAUGAUUUGGGCGUUGAGAAAGGCAUUAAACUGGAAGGCAUGACGGAGCCACAAAUUUUUAAGGUACUCGAAGAUAUGGUAAAAGCAGGGGAGUCUUUUAAAGCUUGAUAUUAUUGCUUUUAUUCACUAUAUGAAAGGGAAUAAAUGUUUUUAGGUUGCACUUGUUAUCACAGUGCGACUCUUGGUCAUUUUAAGAAUGAACCUGUUGAGUUUAAGUUGAAGCUCUCGGUUACACACAGUGACCAUGUUUAUUGUGAGAUAUUGAUUCAAAACACGGAUUAAAUAUAUUUAUUGGGAUUCAUAUGAUUAUUUUCAGUGAAAUGUUGUCUUGCUUAGAUCAUAUGAUUAUGUAUCGAUUAAGCAACCUGGUAGAAUAUACUUUUUAAGCAAUCAAUGCAAUUUCAAACGAUUUGUUUUUA